AUGUCUAAUGAAAGACAGCCAUGUCAACUCUCAUCACUAGAGGCUCUACCAGCGGAAUUACUCCAGCAAAUUUUCUUCUAUGCUUUCGAGGUGAACAUGCCACGUGCGUCUCCACAUUUGGCCAAUGUUUUGUCAAACUCCUCGAUCUACUCAGCAUUGGUUCUAUUUGCGUACUUCGAAGAUGACAAACACAGCCCUGUUGAGAAGCAUCUGUUCAAACCUGCCUGGUACCGAAACAUUAGCGUAGACAAUCAAAGGCGGCUGCAGGAGGGAAUAUUAAGUUGUCGGUGGUGCACCCUGGAGUUUUUGAAAUCAUGCAUGCCAGACCUUAGCCGGCUACAAAUGGUCCAAGCCUGGCAUCGCGAGUAUGCUAUGGAGUCAGAAUUUUGUUUAUCGACAAAUCCGCUACAAUUCAAGUACUGCGACAACAAAUCUAUGUAUAUUGACUUCGACAUAGAACAACGUGAACCCGAGCUGCCUCAUUCGAUUUCUAACGAGGAAGCGCUUGAACGACAUUUCUUUGCGAAGCAGAAACCUCCCACAGAGGGAAAUCCGAGUUCGAUGGGCAUCAGUUCGCUACUAAAAUCACAAGCCUUACAGCAACGGAAGUCCACUGUUGGACCCACCGGAGCACAACACUUCCUUCCACGUAUUGUGGAGUGGAACAUUUUCGAAUACCCGGUUGGGGUUAUUCACAAAUCUGAACUGCGCGUAGUCAGCAUCUUAGCCACUCGUGUUCUACCAGACCACAUCCUCAAAGGGCACCCGGUGUGGACGGACGAAAAGUUGGAACUGUUGAUACUCCUAAGACAAGGCCUCCGCUUCAUGGGAACAUCUAUUGCCUUUGACGAUGAAAGAUUCCCCAGCUUCUCAUUUGAUGCGCUCUACCAAGGCAUGGCUUCUGCAAUCAAGUCUCGUAACAUUUUGGCUUUGCUGGUACUAUUAGAAUUUCAUACAGCCCUCACACCGUCGCGACCAGCGCAAUCAAGACCAGUAGGGUGCGACCGUCGACCCAACCUCCUGCGCCCCUUUGCCAGCCCUAUCCCCUUACACCUCUUUCACCUCGCAAGCAAACAAGCAGCUCCUCAUUCUUCGGAACUAAUAUCUCUGUUAUUGCGCGAAGGCAUACAUAGUAUUCCACCCAAUGAUGAGAUCCUGACGCUGUGGGCGGUCCGCACUAGGGACACUAGGGACGACAAAAUAGCCGAAUUCCUGUUGAGACAUAUGGAAGGGGAAGAAUUCGUCCCACGUAAGAGACAAUUGUUUAUUCAAGGCUGUGGGUUUAUGGGACUAACUGGAGAAUCACCGCUCGACUGGGUUCCAUUCCCGAAAAUGUCAUUUGCGGAGGAGAUCGGGUACUUACGUGAAGACCUUUGA